GUUCAACCCAUGUGCUUCUGGGAUCUGAGCCGAGCAGCUCACCCCAAACCAGCCAGCAGCUACUGCUAUGCAGAGAGAAAGGAGAGCCUCCAUUGACACAAUGAAGAAGGGAAACAUCGUAGCAGAUACUUUGUGUUGUUUUUCUGAAAAGCAUCUGGUUGGGGACGCUUGGGAACCCUGGACAGUUCCUUGGUGUAGCAAGUCCUGCCUCUCCUCUGUGGUUUGUGGGCUUGCUUCACUUACAGCCAGAAGGGGCUGUGAGAGGAAGAACUUUGACUCACUCCUCUGGUCACCCUGCUCCCCUCCAGACGAUCUCCUUGAAUUUCCCAAGGCAGCGUGGAUGGUUCUGGGAGGAGGCCCUGGCAGUAGCUUUGUCCCAUUUGCUGGAUUGAUGAUGUCGUGUAUUCUUUGAGAGAUAAAUCAGGACUCUAGACAAGACUCGGACCAGACUCUGAACAGUUUUACUGAGAUAUAAUUCUCAUACCAUACAGGUCACCCAUUAAAGUGGACUAUUAAAAGAGCUAUGCAUCUAUCACCACAACCUCCCCACCCUCUUCUGCCCUCAGCCCUCGACGAAUCUGCUAUCCGUCUCCACGGCUUUGCCUAUCCUGAACUUUUCAUAGAAGUGGAAUCAUACAAUAUGUGGGCCUUUAUGACUGGCUUCGUUCACUCGGCGCCAUGUUUUCGAAGUCCAUUCGUGUUGUUGCAUGUGUCAGAAUACUUUUUUAAAUUGCCAAUGAAUAUUGCACGGUGUGGAUAUUGCACAGUUUAUCUGUUCACCAGUUGAUGCACACCUGUGUCAUUUCCACUUUCUGGCUAUUAUGAAUAUGGGAUGUUUUGAAUGAACAUGCAUAUAAAGUUUUUGUGUGGACAUACAUUUCCACUUCUCUUGGGUGUGUAGCUAAGAGUAGAAUUGCUGUGUCGCAGUAUUUCUGUGUUUAGUUAGCCCUUUGAGGAAUGUACAGUCUUCGUAUGUCUUCCUCUGGACCAUACCUUUCUGAGUUGUGUUUCUACACCUGGUCAGUGCUGCUGUUAUUUCUGCUUCCUCACCCUUAUGUGAGCAGUGGGGUGGCUAAGAAGGGCAGACUGUUACCUUGCUCAGACCCUGCCAUUCAGUUAAUUCAUUACACAGAAUUCAUUGAGCACCUACCAUAACCCUGCCUGUCUAGUUGCUGGGCUGUAACAGUGCGUACACGAGUCUUCUUGAACUUCCACUCCAUUGGGAUAGACAGCAGAUCACUGCAAAGUGAGAAAGAGGAAGGUUAAUGUAAACCCACCUUGGGACACCUCGACUCCAAGCCCAGCAGUAAGCCCAACAUGCUGCGGGGCCGCAACUCAGCCACCUCUGCUGACGAGCAGCCCCACAUCGGCAACUAUCGACUCCUCAAGACCAUUGGCAAGGGCAACUUCGCCAAGGUGAAGCUGGCUCGGCACAUCCUGACCGGGAAAGAGGUGGCUGUGAAGAUCAUUGACAAGACUCAACUGAACUCCUCCAGCCUCCAGAAACUGUUCCGGGAAGUAAGAAUAAUGAAGGUUUUGAAUCAUCCCAACAUAGUUAAAUUAUUUGAAGUGAUUGAGACUGAAAAAACUCUCUACCUUGUCAUGGAGUAUGCCAGUGGAGGAGAGGUGUUUGAUUACCUUGUGGCUCAUGGCAGGAUGAAAGAAAAAGAGGCUCGAGCCAAAUUCCGCCAGAUAGUGUCUGCUGUGCAGUACUGCCACCAGAAGUUUAUUGUUCACAGAGACUUAAAGGCAGAAAACCUGCUCCUGGAUGCCGACAUGAACAUCAAGAUCGCAGACUUUGGUUUCAGCAAUGAGUUCACCUUUGGGAACAAGCUGGACACGUUCUGUGGGAGCCCCCCGUACGCGGCCCCAGAGCUCUUCCAGGGCAAGAAGUACGACGGGCCCGAGGUGGACGUGUGGAGCCUGGGCGUCAUCCUGUACACACUGGUCAGCGGAUCCCUGCCGUUUGAUGGACAGAACCUCAAGGAACUGCGGGAGCGGGUACUGAGGGGAAAAUACCGUAUUCCGUUCUACAUGUCCACAGACUGUGAAAACCUGCUUAAGAAAUUUCUCAUUCUCAAUCCCAGCAAGAGAGGCACUUUAGAGCAAAUCAUGAAAGAUCGAUGGAUGAAUGUGGGUCACGAAGAUGAUGAAUUAAAGCCUUAUGUGGAGCCGCUCCCUGACUACAAGGACCCCCGGCGGACAGAGCUGAUGGUGUCCAUGGGUUACACACGAGAAGAGAUCCAGGACUCGCUGGUGGGCCAGCGGUACAACGAGGUGAUGGCCACCUACCUGCUCCUCGGCUACAAGAGCUCGGAGCAGGAAGGCGAUGCCAUCACCUUGAAGCCCAGGCCUUCAGCUGACAUGACCAAUAGCAGUGCUCCUUCCCCCUCCCACAAGGUACAGCGCAGCGUCUCUGCCAACCCCAAGCAGCGGCGCUUCAGCGACCAGGCUGGUCCUGCCAUUCCCACCUCAAAUUCCUACUCUAAGAAGACUCAGAGUAACAACGCGGAAAAUAAGCGGCCUGAGGAGGACCGGGAGUCAGGGCGGAAGGCCAGCAGCACAGCCAAAGUGCCUGCCAGCCCCCUGCCCGGCCUAGAGAGGAAGAAGACCACCCCUACCCCCUCCACGAACAGCAUCCUCUCCACCAGCACAAAUCGAAGCAGGAAUUCCCCGCUUUUGGAGAGGGCCAGCCUGGGCCAGGCCUCCAUCCAGAAUGGCAAAGACAGCCUAACCAUGCCAGGGUCCCGGGCCUCCACGGCUUCUGCUUCUGCCGCAGUCUCUGCGGCCCGACCCCGCCAGCACCAGAAAUCCAUGUCGGCCUCCGUGCACCCCAACAAGGCCACUGGGCUGCCCCCCACGGACAGUAACUGUGAGGUGCCGCGGCCCAGCACAGCCCCCCAGCGUGUCCCUGUCGCCUCCCCCUCCGCCCACAACAUCAGCAGCAGUGGAGGAGCCCCAGACCGAACUAAUUUCCCCCGGGGUGUAUCCAGUCGGAGCACCUUCCAUGCUGGGCAGCUCCGGCAGGUGCGGGACCAGCAGAAUUUGCCCUACGGUGUAACCCCAGCCUCUCCCUCUGGCAACAGCCAGGGACGGAGGGGGGCCUCCGGGAGCAUUUUCAGCAAAUUCACCUCCAAGUUUGUACGAAGAAAUCUGUCUUUCAGGUUUGCCAGAAGGAACCUGAAUGAACCUGAAAGCAAAGAUCGAGUGGAGACUCUCAGACCUCACGUGGUGGGCGGUGGUGGCAGCGACAAGGAGAAGGAGGAGUCCCGGGAGGCCAAGCCGCGCUCGCUCCGCUUCACCUGGAGCAUGAAGACCACGAGCUCCAUGGAGCCCAACGAGAUGAUGCGGGAGAUCCGCAAGGUGCUGGACGCCAACAGCUGCCAGAACGAGCUGCACGAGAAGUACAUGCUGCUGUGCAUGCACGGCACGCCGGGCCACGAGGACUUCGUGCAGUGGGAGAUGGAGGUGUGCAAACUGCCGCGGCUCUCCCUCAACGGGGUGCGGUUUAAGCGGAUAUCGGGCACCUCCAUGGCCUUCAAAAACAUUGCCUCCAAAAUAGCCAACGAGCUGAAGCUUUAACAGGCUGCCAGGAGUGGGGGGCGACGGAGGCGGGCCGCUGGACUUAGCUGCUGGCCCACCGCUCCGGCCCGCCUGGGCGAGACUGCAGACGGGUGGCGUGUCUCCCCCUGCUGGCACUUCUCCCUCCCGCCCUGCUCAGUUUUUCUUCCAUGUUUGUGGGGAUGGGAGAUGGUUCUUUCCCCCACGUUGACCCCUGCCCAGAUGCCGCCCUCCCCCUCUCCCACAGGAGGUAAAGGAAGGGAGGGUGGGGGCAGGGCUCCCCUCGGUACUGCGGUUGCACAGAGUAUUUCGCCUAAACCAAGAACUUUUUUAUUACCAAAAAGAAAAAAGAAAAAAAAAAUCCCAGCGGCCAUUUUUCCUCCCUGCCCCAUUGGGACAGUCGAGACUGGAUCUGUGGGGUUUCCCGGGAGGGUGGCUCAGGGCUGGAACACUCUCAGGCAAGAGUGGUGGAGCUCCCUGUCAGGCCCUCCGCCAGGCCCACUGCGGGCUUCUCCCCUCUCCCCCUCCCCUCCAAGCAAACCACCAGAGGUGGCCUUCCCCUGACCUCAGGCCCCUGGGCUGGAGCCUGGGGGGCCAGGGGCUGGGGUGGGGGUGCUGUGCAGCCCUGAGGUGGGUGGGCUGGCAGCGAGGCGUGGGGCUCCAGCCUCCCCCCACACUGUAUCCUCUGCCCCCCUUCCCAGAGCUGGGCAUUUCCUUCCACAAGCUGCUGUGGGGACCUUGGUCCCCCACUCAAAAGUCUGUGCCAUCUUGUCCCACCCCCUCCCGGGGGAAGAAGGCGGGGCUGACCCUAGGGCUGGGAUAGGGGAGGGGACUGCUGGGCAGAUGGGCUCCUGGGCCCCAGGGGGCCGCCUGGGCUGGGCGUUCUCCAUUAUGGGAGAGCCUUUUGUCUGAAAGCGCAGAGCGAAGCCGCUCACUCGCCGCUCUUCUCUCCCCACGGCUCCGUCAUUGGCAUUAAUCUGGGCACCAGCUAGUUCCAUAGCAGUGACUUCCCUCACCACUCAUCUCUGGCCUUGCCUUUCUUCCUGACACUGUCACCCCUCCUCUCAGGAGACACUGCCCAGAGCCUGCAGGCCACUGGCGGGGGCGGAUAGGGCAGCAGGGCCGGCCUCUGCCCUCCACUGGGGGGGGGGCCAGGCCAGGCCACUCCCAGCUUGCUGACCUGUGGCCAGGGUGGGAGUGGCUGGUGGUGGGCGCUUGGCUGGUGGUGGCCGCUGCAUCCCUUAAUUUAUUUCUCUGCUGUUUCUGUUCUUGAGAAAUUGGGGGAAGGGGUCCAGCACAGAGGCUGCCCCUACCCUCACCUGAGUUGUACAUUUUUUGUGAUGGGUUUUAUUUUUUAUUUUAUUAUUUUAUUAUUUUUUUGAUUUAUGAUGACUCCACCCCUACUCAUCACCCCCACUCCCAGGCCAGGCUCCUUGGCCAUUAAAGCCCUUGGGUCCCAGGAAGGGGCCACGCCAACCUCAGUCCUCCUGCCCCCAAGCCCAGCUUCGGGCUCGGCUCCGACCAAGGGCUCCCUCCUCCCCUCCUCCCCUAUGGAACAGCCCUGGUGCUCCGAGGGGCUGGGAGGGCAUGGCUUGGCUCCCAAGGGGGGGGAUGGUGGCCAGGGGCUCCCAGGCAAGGCGGCCCUCCCCACCCAGCCCCCCACUCCUGCACUUCGUUUCUCCUCUGGAUCAAACACGUAAUAAAGAGAAUGUUUGGAAUCUGA